AUGUGUCAACAGGAUUUCAAAUCAACUAAAAACUUACAAAAUACGAUUACGAAAAGAAAAAAAAAUAUAGAUAAUCAACCAGUUUCGUGGUUGAAAAUGCAGUGGAUAAGGGUAGUUAAAGAAGAGCCAUAUACCCUUUAUUACAAAGAGACACUUCAAGAAGAUUUUCCGUUCUCAGCUCUGAACUUGAAGCCUUCUAAAGUAGGAAGACCACCUUCUCUUGGACUUGUUUCUACACCCAAUCUGUAUCAACGACCUAGGCCAGUUACUCACGCCAAACAAAAAGAUAUGUUUGAUCUCCUUCCCUACAUUCCACCGAUUUACCAUGAUUUUUUCAAAAUCUUUCUGUAA